AUGCCCGGCAAACUCGGCGAGUGGAACAGCGUCUGGUUCGCAAAAGAAAUGUGUAUGAGCGCUGAGAUAUCCGCGGACCUCAACGUGUUGCGCAGGAUAUUGCCGAUGACCCACGCAUGCUCGCACGUGAAAUGCGCAAAUGUGAAGCUCUUCUCCUCACGCGCCAGUUCAGUCACAUUUCGCGUGGGCUUUGGCAGGGAUUCGAGCAUCGAGUUUGACAUUGCGGCACGGGCGGGCGUCCAAGAAGGCGCGCACGCCGCUGGCCGUAGCGUCGAAUCGUGCAUGCUGGAGAUGACGGCGGAGCGGCGGCUGGUCCCGUAUGCUAAUGAGACAUUCGCGAGUGGGGCACUUGGAGCAUGGCGCUUGGGUCGUUUCGGGCACGAAAUGGACGCCCCUGUUGCCACGCUCGAGCAGAAUGUUGUGGUCAAAGCUCAGUCGGUCGCAAAUACUUGCCUCGUGAGUCGUAAGGAGACUGGAAGUUAUGCCCUAGAUCGCAGACGUCCCAUUUACGUCCACAAGUUCGAGGAUUUGGGUUCGAUUGACGCACACGUCCACUUUGGUGUCCUUGUGAUACAGUGCGAACCGACCUCUGAAGCCGUGUGUCGAAUUCUUGUGACAGGGAGCAACGAUUGUGCUGCCGCUGUUGGUCUCGUCAACGCGCCAAUCUAUGACCUGCAUGCCUGGAAUGGAAGGCGCUUCGGGCAACCCGAACCCUGGGUGAUGGACUAUCUUAUUAAGCAUCUAUUUGUUAGAGAGCAGAAAUAUUUGGACUUUGGCUUCGAAGCGACUUGCCGUAAAGCCUGUUUUCGAGACUAUGCAGAUCCCCGAACCCUGCUAUACCAAUGUGACGCUGGUUUGAUGAACAUGUUGUCCGUUGCCAUGAGCGCCAUCAGCUCCCUCGCCGACGCACGCUUGCCAACGGAACCCUAUCAGUAUGAGGAGCUUCCCCCAGACGCAUUUCGGUACCUCGCUCUCUUGCCUGGAGUCGACAGCGACCCACUCAGAUGUAGCCUCCACACUUCGCGCAUCGAUGGGGCUCGUUACGAAUCUGUAUCGUAUGUUUGGGGCACCGACGAUCGAAAUCAUCGCAUUGUUUGCGAUGGCAGAGUAUUGAAAAUUACUCCGAAUCUUCACAGAGUGCUCCAACGAGUGAGACUUCCGGAUGCCCCGAGGACCCUUUGGGCAGACUCCAUCUGCAUCAAUCAGGAAGACCUGCUGGAAAAGAGCGACCAAGUAACUCUUAUGGGCCGUAUCUAUCGCAAUGCAGAGCGUGUUCUUCUUUGCAUGGGAUCCUCCGGGGAAGAGCAUGGGCCUGCUGUAGCCGCAUUACUUGAGGAUGUUUGCGGCAAGAUUGAUUCUAUCCUUCAAACAAUCCGUGGGAGAGUUGACGAGCUGGAAUCUGCUGGUAAAUGGGAGCCUCAGUGGAGUCCUCGGGACUGGUUCCCAUAUGUGGACGCAGAUGAGCCUGUCCUGAGCGACGCCCGAUGGGUAUCCGUGAAUGUAUUGGUGGAGCAAGAUUGGUUCUCACGAGGCUGGGUCGUCCGAGAAGCUGGGCUCGCAAGUCAGGCUGAGGACCGCUUCAGAUCUCACUUGGAGGCUUAUGAAGCUCAGCAUCAGGACAUCGUCUGCACGUUCUACCAGGAGGGUUCCUGGAAACCCUGUUCCCUCCUGGAUUACAUCCAUUUCGCGAGAGCCCUACAGCUGAAGGAUCCACGCGAUAGGAUAUACGCUUUUCUUGAUCUUGCGAACGACUCCACGCGUCAACUGAGUAUCUUACCAAACUACAACGACACUCCAUUGAACGUCUACCGCGACUUCGCAACAGACUACGUAUUGGCAAUGGGUGCUGUCGACUUACUUCACUACGUCAAGCAUGAUGAAGCGUCACUUAAAUCGAUCUCCAUGACCUGGGCACCGGACUGGAGCAUAAGAGAGGACAAUUUUAUCAGUUUCGUGUCGACGAGCGACAACUAUCCGCCGCUGAGGUCGCGCGAAGGACAUGUUUCCACGCCGAAGCUGCUUGGUGGCACGACUCUCCAAGUUGAAGGCGCCGUCGUUGGCUCUGUGCUUUUUGCUUCUCGCGUCCUGCAGGGCAGUGCGACAACAUCAGCCGUGUUGUUCGAACUAUGGACCUCAGUACGGCAGUCAAGACCUGAAACGCAUUACUACUCGUCAGAUCUACUCGAAGCGUUCUUCGACGCAUUGUCAAUGGCGAACUUCUAUGGCGACAUGGAUGAGUGGAUGCACGCGCGGAGGACUUACAUCACAGCAUUCGAGCGGCUCUCCAUGGAGCUAUACGAUUCCGGCGCUAUCAGCUGGGAUGCCGAAGAAGUAGACAUGCUCGAAUCCAGCAACGUCCACAAAUUUCUCUCGUCGACGACCGCUGGCAAGAGAUUCAUCGUUACAGAGCGGGGAUGCUUUGGCCUCGCGCCCCACGUUGCCCAGAUAGGAGAUUCAUGUGCAAUUAUUUUCGGAUGCUCCUCGCCUUGUCUACUGCGCAGCGCUAGCAGUGGUGGUCGUUAUAUCUACCUAGGCCCUGGCUUUAUCCUGGGCAAGAAGAUGCUUGAGCUUGACGGAUAUGGUACAGGGUUCUAUAGCUGUCUUGGCGUCGAAGAGAGCAAAGACUGGGUAGAGUGGGAUGUUCAAGAGCAGUGCAUCCUCCUGUCUUGA